AUGACUGAACCCACCGCCCCCAAUGGUCACCUCACAGCAGAAGCAGGCGGCACAAAAGUGCAGUCAUUGCCGAUUACAGCACCAUCGCCGGCUUCAAAACCAAACCCAGAAGUUCCGUUGACGGACGCUCAGAAAGCUAAAUAUGCAGAAGUUCUGGCCAGCGUUGCCACUUGGAAAAGCAUCCCUGCCAGCACAAUUCGAACGGCUCCACAAGCUGACCUAACCGACCAUGAACGCAUGUGGCUAACCCGCGACUGUCUCUUACGUUAUCUCCGAGCUACGAAGUGGAAUACGGCGCAGGCGCUCAAACGACUUCAAUCGACCUUGAGCUGGCGUCGUGAGUAUGGUGCAGACACCUUCACAGCGGACUACAUUAGUGUCGAGAAUGAGACGGGAAAGCAGUUUCAGCUUGGUUUCGACAACGAGGCUCGACCUUGUCUCUACCUCAAUCCCGGCAACCAGAAUACAAAGCUGUCACCUCGCCAAAAUCAUUCUUUCUGCUACAUGCUAGAUCGAAUUGUGGAACUCAUGCCUCCUGGUGUGGAGAAGAGUUGCCUGUUGAUCAACUUCAAAGGUGCUGCAUCCGGCACCGUGCCUUCCCUCGCUCAGGCGCGAGAAGCUCUUGGGAUGCUCCAAAAUCACAACCCCGAACGUCUCGGCAAGGCCCUCAUCAGUGAGCUGCCGUGGUAUGUCAGCACAUUUUUCAAGCUCAUAAGUCCAUUCAUCGACCCUGUCACCCGCGACAAGAUGAGGUUCAAUGAGGACCUGAAGCAAUUUGUGCCUGCAGAACAGCUUUUGGACCAGUAUGGUGGUCAAGUGAAGUUUGAGUAUGACCACUCGGUAUAUUGGCCCGCAUGGACAGAAGAAUGCAGAAAGAGACGAGAGGCCUACAGAGAGCGCUGGGAGCAGGGUGGCAAGAUGCUGGGAGAAUAUGAAGCAUAUCUUCGAGGCGGUGACCAUCCUUCGCUUCGCCAGGAAACUGAAGCUGGCCAGAAUGGUGUCGCGCCUCCUCAAGGUGAGAGCGCGGUAGACGCUUGA